GCUCACGAGACACGUGAAUCCGUGAGUGGCUCAGGCCAAUUCCGUUAAUCCUGGUGUUUAAAAGUGCUUAAAAACCAAGAAUCGGUGGUCGGGGGACGGAAACACCAGCAUGGCUGUCUGUUUGACAUUUUAACAUUACAUUUUAACUUUCAAACCGGAAGAACACGUUUGGGAAACUAACGAUAGUUCCAAGAUGAUCUUCCUCAUGGAUCUCCAGAUGAUGCUCCUGGACGUGCUCUACUACAUUUUGCGCAACUCUCUCCGGGCGGUGCUCCGGCCUCGCACCAAGCCGGUCGACGGGGAGCUGGUGUUGAUCACCGGCGCCGGCGGAGGCCUCGGCCAGCUGUUCGCCCAAGAGUUCAGCAAACACGGCGCGGAGGUGGUCCUCUGGGACACCAACACCGCCUCCAACGAGCGCACGGCCGCGCUGGUGCGUGAGAUGGGCGGGAAAGCGCACACGUACACGGUGGACGUGACCAGCCGCCAAGAGGUGUAUCGUACUGCUGAGAUGGUACGCGACGACCUGGGGCGGGACGUGACCAUCCUGGUGAACAACGCGGGGGUGGUGGCGGGGAAGCGAAUGCUGGACUGUCCCGACGAGCUGAUCGAGAGGACCAUGAAGGUCAACUGCCACGCGCUCUUCUGGACAGUGAAGGCAUUCCUCCCUCAGAUGAAGGCCAAUAACCACGGCCACAUCGUGACCGUGGCCAGCGUCCUGGGACUCUUCAGCACGCCCUGCGUUGAGGACUACUGUGCCAGUAAGUUCGCUGCAGUGGGCUUCCAUGAAUCCAUGGCCCAUGAGCUGCUGGCUGAGGAGGUGGACGGGGUGAAGACCACCCUGGUGUGUCCCUACAUCGUGGACACGGGCAUGUUCAAAGGCUGUAAGAUCAGGGACGAGGUGGAGAUGAUCCUGCCCCCACUGGACCCCCAGUACUGUGUGGAGCAGGCCAUGAACGCCAUCCUCAUCGACCAGCCCCUGGUGUGCAUCCCACGGCUCACCUACCUGCCCUUCCUGUCCCGGGCACUACUGCCUUGGGAAUCCAACGUGGUCACCUACCGCUUCAUGGGUUCAGACAAGUGCAUGUACCCCUUCAUCGACACCAUGAAGAACCGAGAGGCCCCCCUCCCCAUCACGGCGGAAUAG